CGCUCCAGCCGCACUUCCCGCCCUCGCCUAGCACCGCGCCACAGCUCACGCCUCUGCUUUCCUCCCCGACCCCGCAGUCCCAGCGCUCCUUCCCCAGCGCCUUCCCCAGCACCACCCGCGGUUGCUCCAGACUCCUGGCCCUUGAGAGUUCCUUCCUCCGGCUGAUUUGGACGUUACUCCGCCCCUGCGCCACCACGGUCGCCACUCGCCGCCACCGCUGCCUCCGCACCGCAGCCUCCAUCACCUCCACCACCCGGCGGCCGCCCCCCAGGGCCAUGGAGCAAACAGGUAGCAGGAAGCGGAAAGCGCCCGCCAUAGAGGGGGCGGCUGAGGGCGCGUCAUCGCCGGGCUCGGCCUCGGCUGCCGGGGAGGGCCCCCCGUUGCUGCCCAAGAAGCCUAGGCGGCCUGCGGCGCGGCGCUCGCUGGUGCCCUGCCUGAUGGGCCGCGCGGUGGGCGCGCGGGAUCGCUUGGGGUCCCUGGGCUUCGAGGGCCGGCUGCGGGGCUACGCGGUGCAGAAGCUGCCCGAGCUGCUGCGGGAGCGCCCGCUGGCCCUGGGCACCCUCAACAAGGUGUUCGCGUCGCAGUGGCUGAGCACCAGGCAGGUGGUGUGCGGCACCAAGUGCAACACGCUCUUCGUGGUGGACGUGCAGUCCAGCCACAUCACGCGCAUCCCGCUCCUGCAGGACGAGGGCCCCGAGCCGGCGCAGGCCCAGCCCGGCUGUGGCAUCCACGCCAUCGAGCUGAACCCCUCCAAGACGUUGCUGGCCACUGGGGGCGAGAACCCCAACAGCCUGGCCUUCUACAAGCUGCCCACCUUGGAUCCCGUGUGCCUGGGCGACCGCCAAGGCCACAAGGACUGGAUCUUUGCCAUCGCCUGGCUGUGUGACAACGUGGCCGUGAGCGGGUCCCGCGAUGGCACUGUGGCUUUGUGGAGGCUGGAUCCACGCCUGGUCUAUGGCCGCACCACGUGGCACAGUGACACGGGGCUCCCCGUGUACACCCACAUCCACCCGAGGGUCGUGGACACCAUCCCCAGGUCCAGCACUAACCCUGGUAACCGGAAGGUGCGGGCCCUGGCGUUCAGUAGCAAGAACCAGGAGCUGGGCGCAGUGUCCCUGGAUGGCUACUUCCACCUGUGGAAAGCCCGCAGCACCCUGUCCAGGCUGCUGUCCGUCAAGCUGCUCUACGGCAGAGAGAACGUGUGCCUGACCUACUGCGACGACCUGUCCCUGUAUGCCGUGGGCUCCCAGGCCCAUGUCUCCUUUCUGGAUCUGCGCCAAGGUCACCAGAACAUCCGGCCCAUGUGCUCCCGAGAGGGGGGCACUGGUGUGCGCUCACUGAGCUUCCACCAGCACAUCAUCACCGCGGGCACAGGCCAUGGCUCCCUGCUCUUCUAUGACGUGCGUGCCCAGAAGUUCCUGGAGGAGAGGGCAUCGUCCAACCUGGACUCCUCCCCAGAGCCCUCAGGGAGGAAGCUCAGGCUCACCUGUGGCAGAGGCUGGCUCAACCACGAUAACCAGUGGGUGAACUACUUCGGUGACAUGAAUGAGUUCCCCAAUGCUCUCUACACCCACUGCUACAACUGGCCGGAGAUGAAGCUCUUUGUGGCCGGGGGGCCUCUCCCUGCAGGCCUCCACGGGAACUAUGCAGGCCUCUGGAGCUAAGGAUGGCCACUGUGAUCUCCAAGGGCCCAGACUUUCCCUCUCAUUUUCCUGUCAGGCUGUGUUUGUGCUAUUAACUAUAUGUGGCUUUUGUCCUCUACUUGGAACUGCCCAACUUACCUGUGUUUAGUGUAUUAGGCAGAGAGGGGUGGGGAAGAGGGAGAGAGAGUUGUCCUUCAGGCAAACAAAACUUGGCUUUAAUACUUUUCUACAACCAUUUAACAAUUGUUAUACCAAGGUUCUGGGCUAAUUCUUAGCUGUGUCCUAACUCUUUAAGUCAUUUAUAAAUUCUCUCUAAUGCCAUGUAGUCAGUUUUACAAUUGUGUAUCUUUUUUCUUUGUUAUCACUAUUAUAUUAAUUCUGUUUCUGGUUAUUACUCAUUCCAAAUAGACGGUAUAUUAAGAACAUUUUUAACUGGGUUGGUACAUCCGUUCUGGAAAGCUAGCCAUAGUUUUAUAGCACUUUUCCAAUUGGAAACUACAUUCCAAGUUCUUAUCAACUUUCAAAAAUAUUCCGUUUGCAAAUUGUAGUCUUAGUGUUUAUAGUUUGUAAGUUGUUGAUGCUGAAUGUGCUUUUUAACAAAGUUCAUUCUCUUUGAAAAAAAGAACUGUCCUAUAAUCUUGUUUUUGUAGCAAAAUCUCAAUUGGUCAGAACACUUUAGGAAUGCAAGGGUUCCGCUGAUUGAAUUUAAAGAAUUAAGCUAAAAACCUAAUCAAUCUUUUUUUUCUUCAACCCGUACUUAAGUUUUUAUUACCUGUUGUAAAAUAGAUAAAUGGCAGUGUAUUUUUUCACUUCUUGCCUUAGUACUGUCAAAAAUUGUGAAUAUAUUUGAAUGUUUGUUGUUUAAAGAACUUGCAUAGAGUUUCAGUGCCAUCAUUCAAAGCAGGGAUUGUAAGUGUAAAAUAGUAAGCUGGGAAGAAUGUAUACUGAUCUAGGUUAUAGACUGAAUAAUUUUUCUGUUGCUAUUUUUAAUACCAAAUAUUAUAUUCGAGCAUACUUUAAAUUUUCCAAUCAUACUUAGCAGUUAAGUCACAAGAAAAAACAGAAAGAAGAAAUAUAAGCUCAAUUCCUACUACUGUUGAAAAAGAUUCUUAAUUUGUAAAGUCCAAAUUAAUGUUAUUUUGUGAAUAUCAAAGAUUCUUAUGUAAAGCAGAAUAAGUAUAUUGGUAAAAAUAGUGUUGUUAUAAUCCUCAUGUAAUAGCAUAUGUUUUUCAAGGACACAAGAUGUUUGUUUCAAGAACUUGAGCUGGUGAUUAAAUAUAAAUGAGAUUACAUGAAUAAAAGUACUUUGGGGCUCAGAUAAAUACAAAUUGUAGCUUGUUAGGAAAGCAGGUUGUACUGCUCCCUUUGUGAGAAUACUGGAAGUGAGAAGGGAGGUUGGACCUUUCUCAAACCUGGCCAGGUUUUGCUGACCUUGGAUUAGUUUUGUGGCGUCUGUUUUUCCUUAAAUGUUUUGACAUUCAGAUGCUGCCUUGGUGUCCAUGUACUACAUGCUGUUCAGUUGCAAACCUGAACCAAGUAAUAAAAUGAGCUGUACUGAACGUGAGUUUAGAAAUACAGAAAAAAAAGCUUUUGUUUACCGAGAUUGUUUUAACAAGUUUAUAUAGUUCUUAUAUUAGCAGUGAGAUGUAUUUGUGUGCAUGUGUCUCCAACGCAGUUGCAUUUGUCUGGAGAGCAGAGACUAUAACUGUCAUCUUUAUAUUCUCUCAUGUCUCCACUAAUGCCUAGCAAAUCAUUGGCCACCGGUAAAUAUUUACUGAACGAAUGUGUUUUUUCUCUGGAGAUUUAAAGUCCAAGGCUAUUAAAAAUGAGUAAGUGCAUAA